AUGGUCCAAAAUCACAAUCACAAAGCACCUUAUCUUUCUCUACCACCACAUCUUUUCAUACUAUAUCAUAUAAUUCCAUAACCAACCUUCUCUUCCAUUCCAUUCCAUUCCAUUCACUCAUCAAACCAAAAACAAUGGCAGCAUCAGCAUCAUCCAUGAUCUCAACAAACGCCCUAACAUCCACACUCCAAAAACACCAAACACACAACCUCAAACCAUCAAACCUAUGUUUCCAAGGCUUCAAACCCUUAACAAGAUCAACAAAACUGACACAGAACAAAAAGAGAUUCUCAUCCCUUGUUGUCAAAGCUGAACUCAACCCUUCACUUGUGAUAAGCUUAAGCACUGGUCUGUCAUUGUUUUUAGGAAGGUUUGUGUUCUUCAACUUCCAAAGAGAGAAUGUUGCAAAACAAGGUUUACCUGAACAGAAUGGUGUGACACACUUUGAAGCUGGUGACUCACGUGCUAAGGAAUAUGUUAGCUUGCUUAAGUCAAAUGAUCCUGUCGGGUUUAACCUUGUUGAUGUUUUGGCUUGGGGUUCUAUAGGUCAUAUUGUUGCUUAUUAUAUCUUGGCCACUUCUAGCAAUGGUUAUGAUCCUAGUUUCUUUGGUUAAUUAAGAUUACUAUGUUGUUCGUUUAUGUUGUUUUAAUUUGUCUUUUCUUGUCCCUUUUAUGUUUAUUAAGAUGAUGAUGAUGAUGAUGAUGAUGUAUAGUUUAUUUGUAUGAGAUAUUCAACAAGUUAAGUUCCUUGGAUUAAA